AGAAUUUGAGAUACAUUUUCCUCUGGACCCGUGCCUAAUAAAUGUAACUCCAUCUCUGUAAGUAUUGCUUUGUUCUUCGGUUUUCUGUAACAUGUUAGCACCUUGUAUUAAUCCUGAGAAUAGAGUUAUGCUUGCAUGCUUGAGAUUUGUUAACAAAACAGCAAUCUGAAUUUAAAUGUCUGUGAGGUGGUACAAAAGAAAACAUAAUUACUCUUAUGUAACGAGCAUUUACUGUGCUAAGCGGUGUGCUAAAUGCUUUGCAUAAGCAAGCUUAUUCACUCCUCACAGAAGGCAGGGGUUGGUAUCGUCAUUCCUGUUUUAUAGCUCAUGGGAAUGAGACUCAAAGAGGUUGAGAAUGAAUAACUUAGCCACAGGGCUAUUAAGUGGUGAGGCUGCCCCUAGAAAGUGGGUCUUUGAGGAUCCACAGCACUUGAAAUCAAAACUGCCAUUUCCAAAUUUCAAAAGAAAACCGAGAGAAACACAAUAUUCUUCUUUAUUACAGGAGAGGAUUUCUACAGAUUUCUAAUACACGAAGCAUCUGCUCAUGUUUGGAAACAUUUACCACAAGAAAGAGCAAAUUUAAUCACAAAAUAAGCUUGCCAAAUGAAAGUCUAAAGGUGAAGUCAAGGGCAUGCCUAGAAAACCCUUUGUUAAAUUCUGGAUAUAUGAUAACAGGUAACUUGUCUUUUUAGUUCAUAAGCCUUCAGAUCAAGAUACCUGAUAAAUGCUGCAUUUUUUUUUUCCUUGAUCAAUUUUCACAUUUAUGAAUUGGUUCCCAGCGAGCCCCAGUGUAAUCAAUGAGUUUCUUUUAUUUUAAAAAUACCCUUAUGAAUCCGUACAUGUUCAUGUACGAGGCCACUCUUGAUUAUUUUUUCUGAUCCUCAAAUUUUCUGAUUUUAGGCCAGUGAUGUUCCUUGUAAAUUGGCUUUCAUGUUCUUGGAUCUCCUUAGUCUUUACUUCCAUGUCUCUGGCAUAAGAUAUUCUCAGCUCAUCUUGUACAUUUUUUUACCCCAAGCCUGGAAUCAGCUAUUUCCCCUCCCUACCUCUUACUCAAGAAACUGUCAGUUGCCUCCCACCUUCUGCGUGGUAGAUCUUAGAAUGUUUUUGUUUCCAUGACACGACAACAAUUCUGCAAUGAGAGACUGUAAAGCUACCUACUAAGGAACUUAAUCCAUAAUGUGUACCGUACCCUUUUUCUAUCACUCUUCCAACUUCAUGGAAGAAAAGUUGUUCUUUGGAGGAGUAAAGGGUGGUAAAACCACGAAGAUCAUCACCUUGAAUGGGAAGAAGAUGAGGAAGAUACCCUCAACUAUAGGAAACCUGACUGGCCUGAAGGUUCUAAACCUUCAGAAUAACCUAAUCCCCAGCGUGUGCUCAGAGUUAAGCACCUUAACCCAGCUUACAGUACUAAAUAUGGGAAACAAUCUUUUAGAAGAAGUUCCAGAAGAGGUGAAAUACCUCACAUCCCUGACGAAGCUUCAUUUAUUUGGAAAUAGGAUUAGUAGAUUUGCAUCUGAAAUAUGUGAUGGCUUGAAAAAUUUGACCCUACUUAAUCUGAACAACAACCAGCUCACAUAUAUUCCUAAAGAAGUCAGCAGAUUAGAAAACCUUAUAUACUUGAGUGUAAAUCAUAACCAGCUAACAAGUAUUCCUAGAGAACUUUGUUUUCUUAAGAAUCUUUGUGAACUUCAACUUAACUACAAUCAGAUCAGUUGUAUACCCGAAGAUAUUUGGUUCUUGAAGAGUCUCCAGAAGCUUUUCCUGGCCAGAAACAACAUUGAAGUUUUGCCAGAGUUAUUGUGUCAUCUUAUAAACCUAAAAUCCCUAGACAUAGCCGGAAAUCUCAUUCAGAUAUUUCCAUCAGGAUUUCAGUAUAUGAAGCUGAAGGAAUUCUACUGUGAGGGAAACCCUCUGUACCUGAAGCAUCCUGUUGGUGCCAUCAAGAAGCUGGACGUCCUGAGCCUACAGGAAAUAACAUCAAGAUUUAUAAUGAAUCAGCUGAUAGAAAUGAAUCCUUUCCUAAUGGAAGCCAUGGCAUGGUACCCGCAGAUCUGGCAGACAAUCUCUAAGGGAAAAUUAUGUGCAAUAUGUGGAAAGUCAUUUUUAGCCAUGUGGAUAGAAUGUGUUGAGUUUGUUCCUCCAUCAAAGAACUGGAGGACGAGCAGAAAUCUAAAGCUGGUACCUCUUCGAACAUUAAUUUGUUCUUUCGCAUGUUUUAAUCAACGUGGCCCUAACCAGUUUGGAAUUGCUCACGUGCAAAAUCAGUGAGAAGCUCAUUUAGAGCUUCCCAGGAGUUGCCCUGUCAGCUCUACAUACAGUCAGAUUAUGCCCUAAUUAUGACAUCAUGCUGUUUCUCUUUGUCAAUACAUUAAACUAGAGGAAGAAAAACAAUUCCUUUUGAACAUCCCAAUGUCAGUAUUACAAUCUGCCUACAUCAUUUACACUCUGGAUGUACUGUUUUGUCUUUGUCUUAAAAAACAAAGUAAUAAAUGAAAUAACUCCGAUCUCUGUGGGAAGUGAGUCUUAUUUUUUUCCUGUCAUCUUAUGACCACCAUCUCUCUUUUCUAGUAUUAAGAGACUUCAAUGGAGAAACAUUUUGUAAUUGAAAGAGAAUCACUUUUUAGUGUGAGACAGUUGUAUCACCUUUGUAUAAUUCAGGUAAGCUCUUACUUUUUAAAAGGCAUUAACAUCUUACUGACUAAGAUAAAACCUUCAUUCCACUUAAAAAUGAGUAAAAGGCUAGAAAUCCAGGGUUGGUUAUUCCUGGCAUCACUUUGUUCAUUUUUUGUUUUGUUUUGUUUUGUUUUCCUCACAAAUGAAACUGACAGAAGCCAGAGCAAAAGAGCUGGAAUGUGAAUUUGGCUCUUUUCCUGUGAAGGACAACAGAAAAGUGUGGAGAAAAGUCAUUGAAAAUAUAUGGCAUGGAUUGCAUAGACCAGCAGUUUUUGCAAGUAUAUCCAGCAGCACCCAGGUCACUUGAGAAAUUGUUAGAAAUGCAAAACAUCUGGUCCCACCCCAGACUACUGGAUCACAAAUGGGGCAGUAUGUGGCCCA